UACUCCGUGGUGUUUGUGGUGGGCUUGGCGGGCAAUUGUUUGGUGAUGUAUGUCAUCAUCAGAUACACCAAAAUGAAAACAGCCACCAACAUCUACAUCUUCAACCUGGCUGUGGCCGACGCUCUGGUCACCACCACCAUGCCUUUCCAGAGCACCGACUACCUGCUGAGCUCAUGGCCAUUUGGCGAGGUGGCGUGCAAAGUUUUCAUCUCCAUCGAUUAUUACAACAUGUUCACCAGCAUCUUCACCCUGACCAUGAUGAGCGUGGACCGCUACGUGGCCGUGUGCCACCCCAUCAAGGCCCUGGACUUCCGCACGCCCGUCAAGGCCAAGAUCAUCAACGUGGUCAUCUGGCUGCUGUCGUCUGCUGCCGGGAUCCCCGCCAUGAUACUGGGCAGCACCAAGACCAAUAACGAUGAAGCAAUUAUAGACAUUAUAGAGUGUGCCCUGCAGUUCCCUGAACCCUACAGCUACUGGGACACCCUGAUGAAGAUCUGCGUCUUCAUCUUUGGCUUCGUGGCACCCGUCAUCAUCAUCACCGUCUGCUACACGCUGAUGGUGCUGCGUCUGAAGAGCGUGCGCCUGCUGUCGGGCUCACGAGAGAAGGACCGUAACCUCCGCCGGAUCACGCGCCUGGUCCUGGUGGUGGUCGCCGUCUUCGUGGUGUGCUGGACGCCCAUCCACAUCUUCAUCUUAGUCAAGGCGUUGUCUGGCAACGUUCCCGAGACCACCGCCGUCAUGGCCGCCUACUUCUUCUGUGUGGCGCUGGGCUACACCAACAGCAGCCUCAACCCCAUCCUCUACGCCUUCCUGGACGAGAACUUCAAGAGGUGCUUCAGGGACUUCUGCUGCCCCGGAGUCAAAGGACACGGAGACUCUCAUGGGGUGAGUCGGGUGAGGAGCACCCUGCGGGACCACUCGUGUCCCACAGAGGCCCGGGGGGGUGGGAGGCAGGCCCGGCCCGUAUGACUAGCCAUGGACACGUCCUUCAUGCCCUGUCAGAGCUGGGAGGACUCCAACGACCUGCCGACUCAAGUCACCACUGCCAUCUGAGGGAGGGGCUAAAGCCAGGGCUAGCUUUUAUUUAUUUAUCCAGCAUGAUGCUCAGAUACUCGACAGCCAGGUUUACUUAAAGGUCAAGUGUGUAGGUUUUAGUGUCAUAGUGUCAUAAACCCAACUAUUCGUAAGUAUGUUGGCACUUCUGGUUCCCUCAUCUUGGGACUUCUGGCGAUUUCAUUUACGCUUCAACAAUUAUAAAUCUAGUGUUACUGCAAGUCGACCGCUGAUCAUUUACUACAUUUACAACUUAAUUGACUAUUUACUACAUGAUAGCAAUUCUUAUUACUAUAUGUAACAGUGACAAUGAUUGUGCUUGGGGCUAAGGGCUACACACAGGGCAGAGAAGUGAAAAAGUAGUGAGACAUUUUUCUUUUAAAGUUUGUUUUUCCGUGGGAU